AUGAUUGUGGACUUCAGGAAGAGCACUGUCCCCCCGCCCCCACCCUCCGUGAUGGACUCCCCCAUCACCUCUGUGGAGUCCUUCCGUUUCCUGGGCACCACCAUCACCCAGGACCUCAAGUGGGAGCCGACCAUCAGCUCCCUCAUCAAGAAGGCCCAGCAGAGGAUGUACUUCCUGCGGCAGCUCAGGAAAGCCAAGCUGCCUGCACAGAUGUUGGUGCAGUUCUACACGGCCAUCAUCGAGUCCAUCCUCACCUCCUCCAUCACCGUGUGGUUCGCUGGAGCCACAGGAGACCCAGGCCCUCAAGGAUCCUCAGGUAAAGAUGGUCCACCUGGUCUCAGAGGAUUCCCUGGAGAGAGAGGUCUACCAGGCGCUCCGGGUCCAGCUGGUCUAAAAGGAGGUGAAGGUCCCCAAGGUCCGUCUGGCCCUGUGGGCUCACCUGGUGAGAGAGGAAGUGCUGGUCAGGCUGGUCCUAUUGGAUUGUCCGGUCGACCUGGGCCUCAAGGUCCCCCAGGUCCCGCUGGAGAGAAGGGUGCACCUGGAGAAAAAGGACCUCAGGGUCCAGCCGGUCGCGACGGAGUCCAGGGUCCAGUUGGUCUGCCCGGACCAGCGGGACCCCAAGGUCAACCAGGAGAGGAUGGUGACAAGGGAGAGGUGGGAGAGCCAGGACAGAAGGGAAGCAAAGCCGACAAAGGAGAGCAGGGUCCUCCCGGUCCACCCGGUCUCCAAGGUCCCAUUGGUGCCCCAGGUCCUGCAGGCGCAGAUGGAGAGCCUGGUCCCAGAGGUCAGCAGGGAAUGUUUGGACAGAAGGGAGAUGAAGGUUCACGAGGGUUUCCCGGUCCCCCUGGUCCCAUCGGCCUGCAGGGUCUUCCUGGACCCCCUGGUGAGAAGGGAGAGAACGGUGACGUCGGUCCAAUGGGUCCUCCUGGUCCACCUGGUCCCCGAGGUCCUCAGGGCCCCAGUGGAGCUGAUGGUCCGCAAGGCCCUCCCGGCGGCGUGGGUCCAGUGGGAUCCGUGGGAGAGAAGGGUGAACAAGGUGAAGCUGGAAACCCAGGACAACCCGGAGAGUCAGGAACAGGAGGACCCAAAGGUGAAAGGGGGGAGAAGGGUGAAGCCGGACCCCCUGGAGCUGCUGGCCCUGCAGGCGCUAAGGGCCCCCCCGGAGAUGACGGUCCAAAGGGCAACCCUGGUCCUGUUGGAUUCCCUGGAGACCCUGGACCUCCUGGAGAGCCUGGUGUAGCUGGAACUGACGGAGAGGCUGGAGAGAAGGGAGAAGAUGGUGAAUCCGGACAACCAGGACCCCCAGGACCAUCCGGCGAAGCGGGCCCACCUGGACCACCUGGCAAACGAGGACCUCCAGGAGCUGCUGGUGCAGAGGGCAGGCAAGGAGAGAAGGGCGCUAAGGGAGAGGCCGGAGCAGAGGGUCCCGCAGGUAAAACCGGACCAGUCGGACCCCAGGGACCCUCCGGAAAACAAGGUCCCGAAGGUCUCAGAGGAAUCCCUGGCCCUGUUGGUGAACAAGGUCUGCCCGGUGCUCCAGGACAAGACGGUCCUCCCGGUCCCAUGGGCCCCCCUGGUCUUCCCGGUCUGAAAGGCGACCCCGGCUCUAAGGGGGAAAAGGGUCACCCAGGUUUGAUUGGUUUGAUCGGACCCCCCGGUGAGCAGGGAGAGAAGGGAGACCGUGGCUUGCCUGGACCACAAGGAUCCCCUGGUGGAAAAGGUGACAAUGGAAUUGGUGGAUCUGCCGGCCCCCUCGGUCCCCCUGGUCCUCCUGGUCUACCCGGUCCUCAAGGUCCUAAGGGAUCUAAGGGUUCAUCAGGUCCCGCUGGUGCCAAGGGAGACACAGGUUCAGUCGGCCCUCCGGGUCCUCCAGGUCCUCCUGGCGAGGUGAUCCAGCCACUGCCCAUCCAGUCGCCUAAGAAGACCAAACGCUCAAGUGACAUGCAGUCUGACGCGGCUGGAGGCUACAUGGACUACGGAGAGGGCAUGGAGGACAUCUUCAGCUCGCUCAACAACCUUAAGCAGGACAUCGAGCGCAUGAAGUACCCCAUGGGCACGCAAAACAACCCAGCCCGCACGUGCAAAGACCUGCAGCUGGCCCAUCCCGAGUUCCCAGAUGGCGAGUACUGGAUCGAUCCAAACCAGGGCUGCUCCGGAGACUCUUUCAAAGUUUACUGUAACUUUACAGCUGGUGGCGAAACCUGCAUCUACCCUGAUAAGAAAUCCAAUGGGGUCAGAAUAUCGUCGUGGCCCAAAGAAACUCCUGGGUCGUGGUUCAGUGAAUUUAAGCGUGGUAAAAUGCUGUCCUACGUGGAUGCAGAUGGCGGCGGGAUAAACAUGGUGCAGAUGACCUUCCUGCGGCUGCUCACUGCUUCAGCGCGACAGAACUUCACCUACAGCUGCCAUCAGUCUGUGGCCUGGCACGACUCCACCGGCGACAGCUACGACAAGGCCCUACGCUUCCUGGGGGCCAACGACGAGGAGAUGUCCUACGACAACAGCCCCUACAUCAAGGCUCUGUCGGACGGAUGCGCGACGAGGAGCGGCUACUCAAAGACUGUGAUGGAAGUGAAUACUCCCAAAAUUGAUCAACUUCCAAUUGUCGACGUUAUGUUGACUGACUUUGGGGAUCCCAACCAGAAGUUUGGGUUCGAGGUUGGGCCUGUAUGCUUCCUUGGCUAA